AUGCAGCAGGUUACCAUGGUAACAGCAGCCUCCUCUCCCAGCAUGCAGCAGCAGCGGAGCCGCCCCCCCCUCUCAGAGCAGUUGCAGGGUGGAGCAGCAGACAGACGGACAGCAGCUGCAGCAGAACCCGGAGGAGUGAUGAUGGAUGGAGACUCGGCCCCCCCCAGAGAUGGCUCCGACCAGCAUGAGCAAAUGAUGAUGGAAGACCACGACUCUCUCAGUUUUCUGGACACAGGCCGAACAGAGGAGGGGCAGGAGGUGAAGGAACAGCAAGAAGAUGGAGAUGAACAGACGGGGAGCAGCACUGAGGAACUGAAGAGGAGGCAUGAAGAGGAGGAACAGACAGACAAUCCCUGCUUCUCCUCCACACCUCUUCCUGAUGAAGAGGAGGAGAAAGAAGUCACGAAGAACCCAGGGACUCCCAGCUCCUCCUCCACACCUCCUCGUGAUGAAGAGGAGGAGGAGGAGAAAGGAGCAGCUGUGAUGUCAGCUGAGGAAGAGCAAGAGGAGUCCACACAGCUCCACCCUUCCCAGGAGGUCAAAAAAACGAGCGCACAGUCCAGCUCAGAGUCUCCUGCUGAGGAGCAGCUGGAUGUCCAAACACCUCCCGUCCUUCCACCCUCUGAAGAUCAGGAGGCCCUGGCUGAUGAAACAAGCACUCCUCAGACCAGCGGCGCGCUCAGCAGAGAGAAGGGAUGUUUGAUUUCGACUUCAGCUCCUCCCUCCAGAGCGAGAGGCAAAACAAGCGCUUCUCCAACUAAGCUGGCUGGUCCAGCUAGGAAAUCAAGUUCUCCUCCUCCCCUGACUAAAGCAGAAAAGUCAGCUGAAGAAACUGGGAAGGCCUCCAGGACAACGGGAGGCGCCAGAGCAGCCAAGAUGAUCUCAGCCAAGAGUACAGAGUCAGUGGAUGGAGUCAGUCCAGGAAGUCGUUCUCCGGCAAGUCGGUCCUCCACUCCAAACAGAGACGUCAAGAAGGUGGCUGUGGUCCGGACUCCUCCCAGGUCUCCCGGUCCUGCUCGUGGACGGACGCCUCCCCUAACCUCCCACCCUAUGCCUGACCUCAGUAACGUGAGGUCAAAGGUUGGAUCCACGGAGAACCUGAAACACACACCUGGAGGGGGCAAGGUUCAGAUUGUUAACAAAAAGUUGGAUCUUGGUAAUGUGGCGUCAAAAUGUGGCUCCAAAGACAACAUCCACCACAAACCAGGUGGAGGGAAGGUGGAGAUUAAAUCAGAGAAGGUGGCUUUUAAAGUGGUUCAGUCUAAAGUGGGUUCUCUGGAGAACGUCACUCAUGUUCCAGGAGGAGGGAAGAAGAAGAUUGAAAGUCAGAAACUGACCUUCAGAGAGCAGGCCAGAGCCCGAACUGACCACGGUGCUGACAUCAUCGUCCAGUCUGACUCUUCCCCUCAUCACCUUAGCAACACUUCCUCCCCUGGGAGCAUUAACGCUGCCGAAGCUCCGCCCCUUGACACCCUGGCCGACCAGGUGUCAGCCUCCCUUGCCAAACAAGGCCUGUGAUUGGACAAACCCUGUGCCUGCAGACCCCACCCCCUCCCGUUACCAAGGAAACUGCCUGAUGAAAGAAAGAAAAAAAAAUGUUCUGCCUUUUUCCUCAUGAGCGUCUUCAUCAAAGACAGGAUUGAAGGGGUUUUAUAAAGUGAAACAAACAAGCUUUAAACUUCAGUCAACAACCAAUCAAAGCUCUGUCUCACAGGUGAGUCCAUCCAGAGUCAGACGAGAAGAUCAUCACUUUCAUUCAUCCAGUACAGAAACAGAGCCAGGAAGUGAUUAGCCUAGCUUAGCACAAAGACUGGAAACAGAGGAGAACUGUUAGCCUAGGUCCAUUAAAAGACAAACUGAGAGAUCUUGUGAAGUUGUAGGGUUAGGGUUAUGGCUAAGCUAGGCUAGAAGUUCGCUCCUGCUUCCAGCAUUUCUGCUAAGCUAGGCUGAACACUGGAUCUAUUGCAAUUAUGGACUAACAAAAAUGAAACUGAAGGUCUUGAGUCUUCGAGGAGGUUUUGAGGUCUUUGAAGAAAGUGCUCCAGAGGCUGAUAUUAACCCUGAAGAAAGUCCUAGGACUUACUGAAAAGUUCCAAACACUGCAAUAGAAAAUGUUUUUAAGAAAAACCUACAUACUAACAACCAAUCAGAUCACAGAAACAAAUACAUCUAACCAAUCAGAUGACAUAGCCUACUGUGGGUUAAACCCAUCUUUGAGCGUGGCUCAGAAUCUCUGCCAUUGCUGCUGUUUGAUUCAGAAUGAUUCAGAAUUCUGGGACACUUAGCUGCCCAAAGUCCACACUAGUGACUAGUGUGUCUCCAUGGAUCCUUGACAAGUCGGGAUCCUGGACAUUGGAAGUUUGACAGGAUUCCAGGUCAUCCUGCAGGAAGUUCCAGGAGUCCUUGAGGGGAAACUGAGAUCCAUCUUCUUGUCUGACUGGAGAAAACAGAGAACACGCUAAUGGCUAAGUAGCCUGGAUUAGCCUGUUAGCUUCUUUCAUAAAAUCCCUCCAAUCACAGAAAGUCUCUCUGAUGUCACCUCUUUCAGCCAAUCAUCAUCUCUUCUAUGUUUCUGAAUGCUGAUGUGCUGUAGGUCCUUGUGAUGGCCCCCAAACACCCCACCUUAACCCUAUUACCCCCCCUCUCCAUCAUUUAAAAUGCCCAGAAUGCACUUUGAUACCAGGUGCCAAAAACCAUAAAGUCUCUCUGCCUGUCGGCUGUUAAAGUGCUUUGUACCAAUAAAGUUUCUCUUGGAUCUCA